GAUGUCAUAGUAUAGCAGGCUACAAAUCUAUACAUGUACACGGACGAAGGGCUCGAACUUCAUUAGGCCUACGUGUAUCUUCUUCUUGGAUAUUUUAUUUUCGCCCACUAGCAUUUACAAGAUAGGCCAAGAUCUAAAUAUAACUAAAUCCUGUCCAACUUGGCAUUUAAAAUGUACCUAUCCUGGAUGAUUAAAAACAUUACGUUGGCUAAAUGAGUAAUCAAAUAGCUUUUUUUGAAAUUCAUCUGCUUUUUGAAAGAAAGUCCUGGAUCUAGAUGGGAGACUAAGUUCAAAGAUUAAAAACUUACAUAUUGUUAUAUCAUAUGCAAACUUCUAAACUGAGAAUAGUUUGAAAAUACAAUAAUAAUGGAAGUAAUAAUUAGCUUAAAUUGUGAGUCGAAUCUUUUUAUCAUAGAUUUUUAACCAGUUAAACCAAGGGAAAUAACUCAUCACAUUGUUUUGCUCCCUGAUUGUGAAUCUGUGGGCGCGGAUUAGACUUCUUUGCUUCAGCAAGCUACAGCACAGGACACACUGAUCAUCAACACAUUACAAGGACACUGAACAACGAUUUCAUCGUAGUACACUGGUUUCCUUAUUUGAACAUGCAGUACCAGCACCCAAAGCAUGUUUUAACUUACGCAUAGAGUAAAGAACACUGAGAAAAGGGAAUACUGAUUGUUGCAAUCAUGUAUCUGGCUUCCUCUGGAGUUGGGGUGAAGAUAUGGGACAUUGGAACAUCAACCCUGAAGGAAGAGUUCACUCCUUUCGAUGGCUGUGUUAGUGAUAUGUCUUGGAGUCACAAUGGGAAACUGAUUGCGGCAUGUAGUAGCACAAACAACACUGUUCAUCUGGGCUUGACAAAGUCGGGCCUGUCCGUCCCUUCAGAAUCAUUUUCAUUACCCGCUGGCUGUAUCAGCCUUGACUUUAACUCCACAUCAAGAUACAUUUUGUGUGGCUGUGCAGAUGAAGUUGUGCGUAUCUGGGACCGCAAGACUCAAGAGAUCAAAAAGUCUUUCUCGAAUUUUCACAUUCCUAUAACAGUUGCAAGGUGGAAUUGGAAUGACACGUGCAUUGCCCUGGGCUCUGAAAAGGGAGAGAUAGUGCUUUGUAAUGUAAUUACUGGUGUCGUCAACAGCCCUCUUGUGACGCCAUCUACUCAGGCCAUCCGCCAGUUGCUGUACAAUCCCUACCGCAAAGCGUCCCUUGUGUCGGCGUCGGAGGACGGGGCUGUGAACUUCUGGGACACCAACACCCGUCGCCUGGUCCAUUCCUUCAAGUCUGUGCACCAAGCACCCGCCCGCGACCUCGCCUUCUCCCCCAUCAAUGACUGUCUCAUGGUCAGCGUGGGACUGGACAAGCGCUGCGUGUUUUACGAUAUUCAGAACAAAAAGUCCAUAAAUACGACUGUCGGGGAGCACCCUCUGACCAGCGUGGAUCUGAUGCACGACGGGGUGACGUUGGUCGCUGGCUCCUCACAGGGGAAGAUUUUUGUCUACGACAUGAGACAACCGUCCAGCCCUGUGUCCAGUCUGCCAGCUCAUAGGUCUUCCGUGAAACGGCUGAGCUUUACGAAGCAAGACGAUGGAAAGGAGGAUUCCGUAUCAUCCCAAGGUUCAAGGAGACAGUUGCCAGCCGCUCCUUCAAGUUUGAUCGACAGCCUUAAUCAAAACAGCAACAGUGAAGGUUUUCAGUCUCCGAGAGGUCAUCACCUCAUGUCGGGCUUGGGCACCAGUGCUUUAUCUCCCCUCAAGGAAGGCCAGGGAGUUAUCUCCCCCCUUCAGCAUGAGAAUUCCUUGAGCAUUGGAAGUGCUUAUGGCUUCAAUUCGUUGAACGGAGGCAAUUCGUUUAUCAGCGAUAUGUUAAAGUCGGGAGAUAAUUCCCUCAUGGAGGAGCGUCCCGCAGCUCAGAGCAACAAAUCUCUACUCUCCAGAUACGCCUCUUCCCCUGGGAAUGCAGCAGACGCGUCCAUCUCUCCCACGAGAGUUCAGAGAAGCCCCCCAAGGUCGUUCGCGUCGAGAGGCCUUGGAGCUUCCCCCAGCCUGCAGCAGCUAUCGUCCCCGAGGACGGACCCGUCUGGCACGGCAGCUGCGGCCAUCUUGGCGGGCUCCCCGACACACCACGCGGCCUCCGCCCCACGGCCCGCUCCGUCGCGACACUCUCCGCUGUCCAGUAGUCAAAGUGCGACGACACCGCCGCCACACUCGUGGAAAAACCUGGAGAAUAGUCACGGUGCUGAAGUGACGCACGGGGCUGACUAUUUGUUGAGUCAGUCGGAGGGAAGUCGACAAAGAAUUAAUGAUGAGCAUUCUCCUUAUGGACCAAAGCACACAAAUGGACUACCUCACGCGGCAACCCCACCGAAAGGUUUGAACCCAGAAUCCUCUGUGCCUCAGACGCCUCCCUCCUCCGUGUCUCUGGCGUCGUCAUCGUCCGCGCUACGCCAUCUGGUGCGCGACCUUCUCAAGGAGCAGUUCCAAGAGCAUCAGGAACAUCUCAAGAGUGAGAUCAGGGCCAUGAUGCAGGUAGUGCAAUCGUCCUCCCUCGAGACUGGAGGGGCCCGCUCCUCUGGGACAGACCGAGUGACGAGAAGAGACCCGAGCAUGUUUCAGGCUGAGUUCAUUCGCAACUUGAUUCGAGAAGAUUUGGAAGAUAUGCAGGAGAAAAUGCACGAGGAGUUCUGGAGCAUCAGAGUGGAACUUGUGAAACAAGUCUUUCAACUUGAGAAAAAAAUGGAGGCUGGUCUGGCAGAAUGCAUGAUCAACCCAUUGCUGCUGAAUGUGAUUGAAGAACAGAGGGAGGAGAUUGCACGUUUGAAAAAAGUGUUUUGAGAGCGAGAUGUUUUCGUGGUUUACAUGCUAAUGUUCGUUGACUGUUCAUUUGGGAACCUUGUUAACACUUUGCCGUCACAAUGCUCAAAUAGUAAAAACCUUUUGCCAUCAAAGGCAAAGGCAUUUGGGGAAAAUCCCAAAAAACUGGGUGGUAAACAUCGCCAAUCAGCGAGAUGUGACGGCAAUGUGUUAAAGAAAGUUGAAUUCCGAUGCGGCACAUGCAUUUUUAGUUUCUCUAGAGAAGCGAUGGUAGCCUCCUGUGCCAAAGCAUGUUGUUUGAUUCCUGGUUUGUGCAAAUGUGAUCGGAUAAUGAUUUUGGUUUUGGAGAAACUGAUCUCAGAAAAAAACGAACAAGUGGCAGGUCCUGUAUAAAUUUCGCACCCUGUAGUGUAACCCAGUGAUGCCAUAAUUAUUUUUAAAAAAAUCAAACUCAGAUUUUGCUGGAGGAAGAAAACUCACAAAUAAAGUAGUGAAUAAAGCUUUUUGGAUUGUUUUUAUACUUCCGCAUUUAUCUUGGUCUGUCUGCUGGGAUGUUGCAUCCCUCACAGCCCGGGUCUGUCUGCUGCGAUGUUGUAUCCCUC